GCGGCGGACCGCCAGCUGUCAAGAAUCAAAACUCUUCCGUGUACAAACACUGGUCACAGUUCAGCCAGUUUCCCACGAAGUAGAGACUGUACAGUGGUUUUAAUCCGCAAAUCCAGUCGUUAUGCGGUAAACACAACAUUAUAUCAGCUAGUUUUGGACUGCUUUCACUUUUACAUCGGAUUUCGUCAUCAAACAUGGAGAAAUUUGAAGGCUACAUCUUCACUGCUCUCUGCAGCACCAACUUUUUGAUAUCCUGCCUGCUGUUCUCCAGAGUCACUCGGGAGCAAAGGGAGCCGUACAUGGACGAGAUUUUUCAUAUCCCACAAGCUCAGAAAUACUGCCAUGGGAAAUUCAACGAGUGGGACCCGAUGAUCACCACUCUCCCAGGUCUGUACCUUGUCUCUGUGGGAGUCAUCAAGCCUGUGGUGUGGCUCGCUGACCUGACAGGCCAAGUGGUGUGUUCCACCGCCAUGCUGCGCUUCAUCAACCUGCUGUUCAACUGCGGCAACCUUUACCUGCUCUAUCUGCUCAUCUGUAAACUGCACCUCAGGGAGAAGACGCGGACGACCUCACGCCGAGUCCUCUCAGCGCUGUCUCUUUCCACCUUCCCCGUGCUCUACUUCUUUAACUUCCUCUACUACACCGACGCCGGAUCUACUUUCUUCACCCUCUUCACCUACCUCAUGACGCUCUACGGUUGUCACAAGGCCUCAGCGCUCCUCGGCGUCUGCUCCGUGCUCUUCCGCCAGACCAAUAUCAUCUGGGUGGCCUUCUGCGCAGGCACGCUGGUGGCUGCCAAAAUGGACGAGGCCUGGAGGGUGGAGCACACGAAAAAGAGGGAUGAGAAGUCUCCUCCGUCCCAGGUCCCGCUGUCAUUCAGUGGAGCCAAGAAGGUGAUGCUCUUCACACUGGAGUUCCUCACCUCACCCAGUCAUGUGAAGGCGGUGCUGCUGGUGGCCUGGCCUUACGCGGUAGUCGGCAUGGGCUUCCUGGCGUUCGUGGUUCUGAAUGAUGGGGUAGUGGUGGGUGACAGGACGAGCCAUGAGGCCUGCCUGAACUUCCCCCAGCUCUUCUACUUCUUCUCCUUCACUCUCUUCUUCUCCCUCCCCGUCUCCCUUUGUUAUCACCGCGCUCUUCGCUUCCUCCAGGCUCUGAAAAAGCAGCCUCUGUUCUUCCUCUUCGUCACGUGCGUCUCCUUGCUCCUGGUGUGGAAGUUCACCUUCGUCCACAAGUACCUCCUCGCAGAUAACCGCCAUUUCCCCUUCUACGUGUGGAAUAGGCUUUUCCAGAGGCACGAGCUGAUGCGCUUUCUCCUCAUCCCCGCGUACGUGUUUGCAGGGUGGAAUUUUCUGGACUCCUUCAAGUCACGCUCACUGUUCUGGAGUUUGGCGUUCCUGGCAUGCCUCCUGGCCGCAACAGUACCCCAGAAGCUGCUGGAGUUCAGGUACUUCAUCAUUCCCUACCUGAUGUACCGUCUGCACAUGCCCCUCCCCUCUCUUCCCAGACUCAUUGUGGAGUUCCUUCUCUACACGGCGGUCAACGCUGCCACGCUUUACAUCUUCAUCAGUAAGACCUUCCACUGGCCGGACAGCACGGCCACACAGAGGUUCAUGUGGUGAACAAAGAGACAGUAUCUGAUGUCAGGAGUUCCAGGACUCAAUCGGGAUGUAGGUUUAAAAAUGCUUUCCAGAGAACCACAGUCCAUGUGACAUCUCAGAAAUCAAAGAAAAGCUUCUGUUACGUCGCAGUAACAGAAAAGAAAUGGCUCACAUUUUUACCAUUUUGGGUUAAUGUAAAGGGAUCGCCAUAUUUUACACAGAGAGUCAGUAUUGAUAGAUUUAUGUGACAGGUUGAAGUGAAAACCAUUUAAAGGUGGAGUCUGCGAUUCUGGAGAAAGACCGUUGAUAUUUGAAGUCAACACACAAAGAUAAACACCCCUCCCACCAGUUCUCCCUCACAAGUAGGACUGUUAGGAUAAUUACGUCGUCUUAUUGAGGUCAUUCAUUUUCCGUAACCGCUUAUCCUCUUGAGGGUCACGGGGGGGCUGGAGCCUAUCCCAGUUGUCAUUGGGCUAGAGGCAGGGUACACCCUGGACAGGUCACCAGACUAUCACAGGGCUGACACAUAGAGACAGACAACCAUUCACACCUACGGAUAAUUUAGAGUCGCCAAUUAAUCUGCAUGUCUUUGGACUGUGGGAGGAAGCUGGAGUACCCAGAGAAAACCCACGCUGACAUGGGGAGAGCAUCCAAACGCCACACAGACGGGCUCCUGCCCGGGUACAAACCAGGAGCCCUCUUGCGCCGAGGUGACAGUGCUAACCACUACACCACCGUGCAGCCCCCGCAAAUAUUAUUCAAGUCAUGUCCAUACAUGAUAUGAUAAAGUCCCGUGUUUAUUAGCAUGUUUAUUUACAUAAGAAUGUCACCAACAUUUUAGCCAACAUGGUACUAGAAUAAAAAGCAGGGUUUUCCUGACCAUUUUAACACUAAUCAAACAAACUGGACUUUGGGGUCAAGUGGACUUGGAUCUGGGCGCUGGUCCCUGAUAUGAAAGCCCCUUCAGUCUUGGGCACAGAACCUAACGGCUCAUUUAUGCUCAACUUUAGAUACGUAUACUAAGACGGACGAAGCCUUCUGUUUGUACUUUUGUUAAUUUCAUCUGUAUUUGUGUACGUUUUCUGAAAUUUUUACAGAUACAGACAGAACAGAGCAGUACCAGCAGAGAUCGUGGAGGCAGUUCAGCGAAUUUCAAGACAGAUACAACCGUAGGAGAUGACUAAGACAAUUAAAAAAUGGUGGACCAGAAUGAAUCAGUAAUAUAGUGAGAGGCUGGCAUCGAAAAUGCUAUUGAAUAUAAUAAUAACGGUAUUAUAUUGAAGUUAGAAAUUCCAGUAUCAUGACAACAGCAGCACACACAGAAUGGACAGAUAGCGGAAUAUUUAGAGUUGACUUUGCCAAAAAGUGCAUUGAAUUAAAAUCGCAGACUCCACCCUUAAUCGAGAGGAUUUGGGGGUUGAGUUAGGGUGGGUUUUGUUUUCACUGAGAAAAGCUACAAACACUGAAGCAGGGCUGUAAUUAAAAUGACAAAGAGAAUACAAAGAGAAUUAAUUUUGUAAAAAGUAUUCAAGUUUUUUCCUUUGAAAAUAAAAUGGUGGUGACAGUGAUGUAAAAUCUAAAAUAUACUGGUAUGUUUUGAUGAGAAUUUAUUGUAUAUAAAAGUUUUUGGUUGAGGUGUCGAUCCUUCUGCAGGGUGGAAAAGUAAUCAUUUCAUUUCAGCAUUUUUUGUGGGAGUCUGGGUUUGGUUUUCUUAUGGCUAUAACAGUUUUGUACUUUAAUGUAAAUACUGUACGCAGCUCUGCGAGUGGAUCUUUGGUGGCGUUGUUGACAUGAUCUGUAAAUAUGAUUAAAGAGACCAAAAAUGACAGCCAUAUUGUAAACUUUAGAAUUUUUAUUGUAUGGGAUGUUUUUGGAGUGACUGAGAUUCUCUGCUUUCUGCCAGUGAAGAACACCAAUGACCCAACUUUAUAAUUAUAAUGUAUGUUUUCAAAUAUUUUUACCUUGAUUUUACUUUCACCAAGCAGUAAAGUUCCACUGGAGGUGAUUUAGAAAUUAGCCUUUUCUGUGAUUUUGUAAGUCUUUUUUUUUUUUUUUUUGGAGUUUAUUUGUUGACUGUUUGUAUCCACUUUCUGUCCUCUACUUUCAUUGUGCCUGAUUUGUGUGUGUGUGUGUGUGUGUGUGUGUGUGUGCGCACGUGUGUUUUAUUUCACUAGAUACAUGCAGUUUUAAGGAGUACUUCCCCCACAAAACGUUUGUUUGUUUAUCAGUUUCUCACCGUGUUACGUUGAAUCUGAGAAGAAAACUUGUUCUUUGUUUUUGGAUUCUUCGUUCACCGUGGAGGUAAGCUAGAAAAACAGAGUUUUAUCCAUGAAGUCAGGGUAACACGUGGUGAAUAACUGAAGUGCUAAUGAUCAUUUUUGGGUGAAGUAUUCCUUUAACUAUGAACUUGAUCUGUCCUCCAGCUGUACGCUGCCCUUGUUGAUACAGUCUUGUGUAAACCUUUGAAUAAA